UUUGAAGCAUUCUGGAAGCUGCUUUGGAGCACAGAUGAAGGAUGGAGGUAGAAGACUCACCUGGCCUUGAAGUACAAAGAGGACUUGAUGCCAUCAACACUGAGGGCAGAGGGGCAUUCUGGGAAAGAGCAGAGCGGAAGAUCCUGGAGGAGGACCUGGUCGGUUCAGAGGUACAUCGCCGGCAUUUCAGAGAUUUCCGCUACCAGGAGGCAGAAGGUCCCCGAGAGCUCUGCAGCCACCUCCACCAUCUUUCCCGCCAGUGGCUGCAGCCGGAGCGACACACCAAGAGCCAGAUGCUGGACCUGGUGAUCCUGGAGCAGCUGCUGGCCGUCCUGCCGGUGGAGAUGUCCAGCUGGGUGCGGGAGUGCGGAGCGGAGAGCAGCUGCCAGGCGGUGGCCCUGGCCGAAGGCUUCCUCCUGGGUCGGUUGGAACAGAAGAAAGCAGAAGAGCAGGAGGAGAGUCAGAGUCUCUUUCAAGAAGGGGGACCCGCUUCCCUUGCAGCUGCAGCAGAGACCGGGGCACCCGUCACCAGGCAGAGGGGCAUCGUGCAGCAGGGAGAGGCAGGUGAGGGGCCACCUUAUGAGGGAAGGACUAAGAGGGACGUAAACAUGCCAGCAACAGCACUUUUUCCUCAAAGUGGGAAGGAGAGCACAGUGACAGAUCCUGACUGGAAUCUAACCAGCUUUGAAGAAAUUGCCGUGUAUUUCACCAAUGAGGAGUGGCUACUCCUGGACCCUGCUCAGACAAUAUUGCACAGGGAAACCAUGGAGGAGAAUUAUCUAAUUGUGGCCUAUUUAGGUAUGGCUUUGUUAAGGAAAUUAGCAGCCAAGCGAAAGGCAAUUUGA